CUCUCUAGUCUAUCUACAGGCUGUCCAGGCCACUAUGAUCCUGUCCACAAUUCUCUGCUGCGUGGGUUUCUUUGUGUUCAUCCUUCAGCUCUUCAGACUGAAACAAGGAGAGAGAUUUGUCUUUACAGCCAUCAUCCAGCUACUGGCUAGCCUGUGUGUGAUGAUCGGAGCGUCCAUCUACACGGCAGAGAGGCAGGGUUUUACGGAGGAGUCUCUAAGGAAGGGAGGAUAUGGCUCAUCCUACGUCCUGGCCUGGAUCAGUUUCCCCAUGACUGUCAUCAGCGGACUCAUGUAUCUGGUGCUGAGGAAACGCAAAUAAAAACACUCUACAAGACACACAAACACGUUAUAAUUGAACAGAGGAAGUGUGUAAACUAACAGUCUAUUAGCUAAACAUGUUGUUUAGAGGGGAGUGGGAUGAGGUUUCCAUGGUGACGUCUAUUAGCUAAACUCUAAACAUGUUGUAAAGAGAGGCUGUUUUAAAAGACGUUUUCUCCACACUGUGUGGUUGGAAUGAGACUGUGACAUAUCAGCCUGUUGGUUUUUUUGGGGGGGGGGGGGUUUCCAUGGUGACGUCAAUGCGGUAGAUCUGAUUAACUAAUGGACCAAUAAAUGGUGUUGAAAUACGUAAUGGCAGAACGAUGGUUAAGACUGAGCAGGACAACACUGUGUGUAGUUGUAUAGUUCUACUAGAGUAAACCGAGUGUAGAAGGUGGAAUAUGUAAGAUGGUCCGUCUGCCUCCCUCCCUGCUGGCCUGCCCAUCUGUCCGUCUGCCUCCCUCCCUGCUGGCCUGCCCAUCUGUCCGUCUGCCUCCCUCCCUGCUGGCCUGCCCAUCUGUCCGUCUGCCUCCCUCCCUCCGCUGGCCUGCCCAUCUGUCCGUCU